CCAAGUCCCAAGUCCCAACCACUCCCAUCCUCGCAAAGUGAACCGGAAGCGCGGAUGGAGGCAGCCGCCGGCGCGGCGGGCUCGCUCCUCGGCAAGCUGCUCACGAAGCUGUCCGACGACCUGGUGGCCGCGUAUGUCGACAGCCUCGAGCUCGGCCACAACUCCGACCAGAUCCAAACCAAGCUGCUUCACACACAAGGGCUGCUGCAACUCGCCGAGGGGAGGGACGCGAGCAACGUCCCUGCCCUGCCGGCCUUGUUGGAGAAGCUGAGCAAGAAGGCCGACGAGGCGGAGGACGUGCUGGAUGAGCUCCACUACUUCAAGAUCCAGGACCAGCUCGACGGCACCGACUAUGCCGCGCCAGAUCUCGGCGAUGGCCUCCUCGGCCAUGCUCGUCAUGGUGGCCAUGCUGCUCGCCACACUAUCGGUAACUGGUUUCCAUGCUUUUCUUGCUCGCGUGCCCAAGAUGAUGGUUCUGCAACUACUGCUGCUGUCAAUAGCCCACACCACAUUGCUAGUGCUGAUGAUGGUGGCGAUGUCAAUAAGUUACAUUUCGACAGAGUCGCCAUGUCCAGCAAAAUCAAGUCAGUGAUAAAGGAAAUACACUCCCUAUGUGAUCCCAUCUCUGAUUUGCUCAGCAAAAUUCCAAGCAGCAGCACAACUGUCACCCUAAAACGGCCCCGCAUAGGGUCCACAAUAAUACAAGAUACACUGCACGGGAGGAAAGACAUUUUUGAGAAAAUUGUCAAUGAUAUCACAAGUGGCACACAUCACGGUCAAACUGUUUCUGUUCUUCCUAUAGUUGGCCCAGGGGGUAUUGGAAAAACAACUUUCACCCAAUACCUGUAUAAUGAUGGUAGGACUGAAGAGCACUUUGCUGUUAUGGUUUGGGUGUGUGUAUCGACUGAUUUUGAUGUGUUGAAGCUCACCCAGCAGAUAAAUAACUGCAUAUCUGCUACUGAAAAUGAAACUGCAAGUGAAACAACCAAUCUAGACCGGCUUCAGAAGUCCAUUGCACAGAGACUUAAGUCCAAAAGGUUCUUAAUUGUCUUGGAUGAUAUAUGGAAAUGCAAUAGUGAGGACGAGUGGAAAACCCUGCUAGCCCCAUUCACAAAGGGGGAAGCCAAAGGCAGCAUGAUACUUGUCACAACUCGAUUCCCAAAACUAGCAAGAAUGAUGAAAACAGUUGAUCCAGUUCAACUGCAAGGCUUGGAGUCUAACGAGUUCUUCACAUUCUUUGAAUCUUGUAUAUUUGGUGAACAUAAGCCUAGGGAUUAUGAACAUGAGUUAGAUGGCAUUGCAAGAGAAAUUGCAAGCAAGUUAAAGGGCUCCCCCCUUGCAGCCAAAACAGUGGGUCGGCUAUUGAAGAAAAAUCUUUCCCGAGAACAUUGGAAUGGAGUUCUUCACAAUCAUGAGUGGCGAAACCAGAAAAAUGAUGACGAUAUUAUACCAGCUUUGAAAAUUAGCUACGAUUUCCUACCAUUCUAUAUGAAAAAAUGGUUCUCAUAUUUUUCCCUUUAUCCUGAAGAUUAUAGGUUUCGUGAUUCUGAAAUUAACCGUUUUUUGAUUGCAAUAGGCAUCAUAGACUCUAGCCACCGAGCCGAUAAGAGGUACAUGGAAGAUCUAGUGGAAAAUGGUUUUCUCAUGAAGCGGGUUAUUUGUUAUCACUCUUUUCGUGAAGAAUACUAUGUAAUGCAUGAUUUAAUGCAUGAGCUAUCCCGGAGUGUCUCUGCACAAGAAUGCCUCAAUAUAAGUGAUCUGGAUUUUAGAGCCGAGGCCAUCCCACAAUCUAUUCGGCACAUAUCCAUCACCAUAGAGAAUAGAUAUGAUGAAAAGUUUAGGAAAGAAAUGGGUAAACUAAAGGGGAGGAUAGACAUUGUAAAUCUACGGACACUGAUGAUUUUUAGACAAUAUGAAGAAUCAAUUGUUGCUAUCUUAAAAGAUAUGUUCAAGGAAACAAAUGGCCUGCGCGUCCUAUUUAUAGCAGUGAAGUCCCUUGAAUCUCUGCCACAAAGCUUUUCAAAACUAAUCCACCUCCAGUACCUCCAAAUUGGAUCACGCAUUGGCAUAGAAAUGACUUUACCUAGCACACUAUCCAGAUUUUAUCACUUGAAAUUCUUGGACCUAAGUAGUUGGUAUGGUAGUUCCAAUUUGCCUAAAGACAUUAGCCGCCUUGUGAAUUUACGCGAUUUCCUCGCUAAAAAAGAACUCCACUCCAAUGUUCCCGAGGUUGGAAAGAUGAAGUAUCUGCAGGAGCUAAAAGAAUUCCAUGUGAAGAAAGAAAGUGUUGGAUUUGAUUUAAGAGAGUUGGGUGAAUUGAGAGACCUUGGGGGAGCACUCAGUAUUCAUAAUCUUGAAAAUGUGACAACCAAGGAAGAAGCUACUGGCGCCAAAUUGAUGUUGAAAAGGGAUUUGAAAGAGUUGACGUUAGUUUGGGGCAGAGAGCAACCUACUGAUGUAGAUGCUGAUAUUCUUGAUGCUCUUCAACCACACUCUAACCUUACAACACUUGGCAUUAUAAAUCAAGGUGGUACCACUUGUCCUAGUUGGUUGUGUCCCGAAAUAUGGGUGAACAAUUUAGAGAUUCUCCAUUUACAUGGCGUGUCUUGGGGAACUCUUCCACCUUUUGGGCAGCUACCAUAUCUCAGGGAACUCAGCUUGAAGAGUAUUUCUGGACUGCAACGGUUUGGUCCUGACUAUGGUGGUGUUACAGGGCAGUUGAAGAAAGUUGUGUUUCAUGACUUGUCAGAUCUUGUCGAGUGGGUUGUGGAACCUAACUGCGAUAUGUUUCCAGGUCUUGAAAGCAUCGAUUGCAGCAAUUGUCCCAAUCUAUGUUUGAUGCCCUUCUCGGAGUGCUCUUUUACCAGUUUGUGCAGGCUUCGCAUUGAUGGUUGCCCCAAGCUGUGUCUGCCUCCCAUGCCUCACACAUCGAGACUAACUGAUUUUGCUGUAAAACAAGACGCAAAAGCAUUCUCAGACAUGUUGUCUUACCAUGGGAAUUCCUUUGUUGUUGGUGGAUAUGCCGGUGCUUUGGCCUUGCAGAAUCUGGGUGAAGUAGAGUUUCUGCGUAUUGGAGAUGCAUCACACAUUUCGUGGGCAGACCUCGAAAACCUUAAAUCCUUGAGAAAAGUUGUGGGUCUCAGUAUAGAUGUAUCUCGUCUUACUGGGACAUUGCUGUCAAAAAUGUUCAAUAGUUGCCCAGCACUUGCUAAACUGUAUGUAAGUUCUUCAUCUGGAGACGAUGAGGAACAAGUAAUACAGUUCCCAUCAUCAGGCUCACUGCAGGCACUUAGCUUCUCCUUCUCGGAUGGCCUGGUUCUUCUGCCCGCGGAGGAUGGAGGGGGAAUCCAGGACAUCACGUCGCUCCAAUCAUUAAGUAUAUCAGGAUGCAGGAAGUUGUUCUCUCGGUGGCCCAUGGGAGAAGCUGGAGGAGCUCCGAUGGCCAACCCUUUCCCUGCAUCUCUCAGGAAACUUGAUAUUUUGGGAGAGUCAAUCAUGUUGUCAAUGGCUCUGCUCUCAAACCUCACGUCUCUCACCCAUCUAAGUCUAGUAGCCUGUGACAAUUUAACACUGGAUGGGUUUAAUCCUCUCAUCACAGUCAACCUCAAGGAAUUGGAGGUCCGGAACUAUUUCUGGAGUGGCAACUCUAUAGCAGCAGAUCUGCUCUCACAGGUGGCAAGGACCGAAUUAAUGCAUGCGGGCUCCUUCCAGUUGGAGAAACUGGUGGUGGAUAGCAUCUCGGCGGUGCUCGUUGCCCCCAUUUGCAGCCACCUCUCCGCCAACCUCCACGAGCUGCAAUUCUAUGAUGAUGAGCGGGCAAAAGGCUUCACGGAAGAGCAAGAGAAUGCGUUUCAUCUCCUCACCUCCCUCCAGACACUAGCAUUUCAUCGUUGCAACGUUCUGCAGUCCCUCCCUCAAGGAUUACAACGCCUUUCUUCUCUCAAAGAAUUACAUGUCUUUAGUUGUCGUCAACUCCGAUGGCUGCCAGAGCAGGGCUUCCCCACUUCGCUGCAAUUUCUACGUCUAUCGUGUGGCACUGCCGAGCAAGAAGAGCAAGCUGAGAAAUUGAAAGGAAUGUACCCAAAUUUAGAAGUAUAUUUGUAGCCCAAGGCUAGCAGGCUCCACUGUUGCAAUAUGGACAUAGCUUCUGAAAUGUGACAGGCUGCCAGGCACACGCCAAUCUGCCAACGUGGUAGCUUUUGUUCUGCACUUGCCUUUGUUCUGCUUUCAUCUGCUAGCUGCAUGGUAAAUAUGAAGACUAAGGCGGCACCUGAUAGACCUAUAGAUGAACGUCUAUUUUAAAAGAAUCUCAAUAGGACAGGAAGCAGCACCUGUAUAAUGGGACAUUAGUUAGACACGAGACAUCAGAUAUUGAUUCUGCAAAUUUGCCUCCAGUUCUGCUUUUAUGGAAUUAUUAAUCCUGUGUGUGCUUGCCAGUUUCGAUAGAAAAUUUUCAUGUGCCAGCUACACGGUAAAUAUGAAGACUAAGGCGACACCUCAUGGACAAAUAUAUCUAUUUUUAUUUACCUUUUUUAACAGAAUCUCAUCAGGACAGGAAGCAGACUUGCGAAUAAUUGGACUUUUUUUUCUGAUAAAUCAGAUCGAUUCUGCAAAAUGGUCUCUAGUUCUGAUUUUAUGGAAGUAUUAAUCCAGUGUGCUUGCCAAUUUUGAUUGAAAAGUAACAAGUAUAAACACAACGAAGAAAACCCAUAUUUUUUUCAAGUAAGCGGCAAUACGAAGUGAAGGUGUAGGAUCCGGUCUUAUUUCUCCGGUCCAGGCUGCUAUCACGUUCAAGUAAGCGGCAAUACAAAGUGAAGGUGAAGGAUCAACUGUAUGAGCAUUUCUGAAGCUUAGAACGGCAUCACGUCCAAUGUCCAGGCUGCUAAUACUUUGCCACAAUAAUUUGCAACAAUCAAUGAAUGAUAGAGAAAUUUUAUGCUCCUAAACUAUUCUGGACUGUUCAUUUUUUUAUCCAACAGUUUAGAUUGAACAUGGUGAACUACAUAGGCUGCAAAGUGACAGUUUGUGGACUGUUCUGUGCUUUGCUUUCUUGGAUAGUUGGACAGUUUGCUUCUGCACUUGUUGUCCGGCUUCUUACUGAUUGGGUAGCAUGUAUUUCAUGAAAUUAACAAUUUGUGUGGAAGAGCAUCACCUAAGACCUAAGUUAUAGUGAAGCUUCAUUGUUUACAUUUCAUCCUCUGUGCAUGGUGAUUAUCUGUUCAUGGACUUGAUCAGUCUGCGCCACCAUCAGGUUUAUGAUCCUGUGGUAACCAACUUUCCAUCCGGUGUUUCUUGCAUAUAAGCCGACGUUUCACCGGCAUCCUUGACAGUUUUAGGUCCUGCAGAACAAUACAACGUGAAUUCGGCAGUUGGCAUUCAGGACAUAGCUGUUCUACCCGAAUAAUAACAGCAAAGGAAACUUUUGUCCUGAUAUUCUGAGUGAGCCGAGCCCGGGGUCCCCUGCAGUGACCAUUUAAAAG